GGCACUAUCAGUGCGGGAAGCAAAAGAUGGCUAUGCUCAAAGGCUUAGCACUCGCGCUUUUCGUUUGCUUCUUCUCAUGCUACCUGACCUCGGUCCCUUCCCUAGCCUCCCCUGAUGACUUCCUCCAAUGCCUACGGGAGAAGAUACCUAGCGAGCUCGUGUACACGCAGAGCUCGAGCAGCUUCGCCGGCGUGCUGGUCUCCUCCAUUAGGAGCCCCAGAUUCUUCACCAACACCACGGUGAGGCCGCUCUGCGUCGUGACGCCGACCGACGCCUCCCACGUCCAGGCCGCCGUGCUCUGCGGCCGCACGCAGGGCGUGCGCCUCCGCGUGCGCAGUGGCGGGCACGACUACGAGGGCCUGUCCUACCGGUCGGCGCGGCCCGAGGUGUUCGGGGUGGUCGACCUCGCCAACCUCCGCGCCGUGAGCGUCAACCAGUCGGAGACCACUGCUUGGGUCGACUCCGGCGCGACCAUCGGGGAGCUGUACUACACCAUCGCGAAGGACAACUCCCAGCUCGCGUUCCCGGCCGGCCUGUGCCCGACGAUCGGCGUGGGCGGCCACUUCAGCGGCGGCGCCAUCGGCAUGAUGAUGCGCAAGUAUGGCCUCGCCGUCGACAACGUCCUCGACGCCAAGCUUGUCAACGCCAACGGGGAUCUCCUCGACAGGGUCGGCAUGGGGGAGGACCUCUUCUGGGCCAUCCGAGGCGGCGGCGGCGGGAGCUUCGGCAUCGUGCUCUCGUGGAAGGUCCAGCUCGUGCAGGUCCCGCCGACGGUGACCAUGUUCAACAUCGCAAAGACGAUUGACCAGGGCGCCGCAGACAUCGUGACCAGAUGGCAAGACGUCGGGCCAUCACUCCCCAACGACCUCACCAUAAGGGUGAUCGUGCAGGGGCAGCAAGCCCUGUUCCAGGCCCUAUACCUUGGCACGUGCAGCUCGCUGGUGGCGACCAUGGGCGACCAGUUCCCGGAGCUCACCAUGACGAGCGCCGACUGCCAGUCGAUGACCUGGCUCCAGUCCGUAGCCUUCAUCAGCUUCUGGAACAGGGACACGCCGGUGGAGGCGCUCCUGAGCCGGACCACCAGCCUGAGCACGUACACCAAGAACAAGUCCGACUACGUCCAGAGCGCCAUCUCCAAGGGCGUGUGGAAGGACAUCUUCUCCUGGUUCACGAUGAACGGCGCCGGGCUCAUCAUCCUAGAGCCCCACGGCGGGUUCAUAGGGAGCGUCCCCACCGACGCGACGCCGUACCCGCACCGGAGCAUGCUGUACAACGUCCAGUACAUCGUGUUCUGGCAGGGAGACGGCGGCGCGGCGGCGAACACCUGGCUCGGCAACUUCUACGACUUCAUGGGGCAGUACGUGAGCAAGAACCCGAGGCAGGCGUACGUGAACUACCGGGACCUUGACAUCGGCCAGAACGUGGUGGUGGACGACGUCACCACCUUCGACGGCGGCAAGGUUUGGGGUGAGCAGUACUUCGCGAGCAACUUCCAGAGGCUCGCGUCGGUGAAGGCGGCCGUGGAUCCUACGAACUACUUCAGAAACGAGCAGAGCAUCCCGCCAUUGGCCCAAGGACGUAAGUGAGCAAGGUUGUAUCUAAACGGUCAAAUUAAUUAAUUCGAUGCUUUGUAAUGACUAUUGGUUGUGAAAACGGAAGUAGGAUGCACCAAGAAAACUUGUACUUCUGCCAUUUCAUGCAUGAAAGCAACGGAAGUAAUCGUAGGAUGCAGCAACCAAGAUUGUAAUUCUGCCUGUCAGUUCAUUCAUGAAAGCACGAUGGUUUAUCUGUCA